AUGGCAGCAUCAUCUUCAUCAGGGCCUGUCUACUCGUCCGAGAACGAACAAGUACUUUACGUUAGAGAUGUUAGAGUGAGGAUAAGGCCCCUCGAUAGGGAAGAGUACACGCUGUCCCUUGCUGAGACCGACUACCACACUCUCAAGACGGAACAAAGGCUACUUGUCGACUUCCAAAACUUCCCUAAGAUGAUUACUGAACUCGUCGCCGAAUGCGUAAAAUGGGGGGCCCACAAUGGGAGCAGCCCCCCGACAGGAGGUCAGAAUAUGUCCGUCUACUUAGCAGUGGGAGAAUCGACUGUUGAGUCCACGCUGAGCAUAAUAGAGGCUAAUCAGUUCAGAGAGAUCACCCACUUGUGCUUAAGAAUGCGGAAAGGCACAGAUGAAGUGUUAAAGCAUUAUCUAGCUUCCAAGCUGAGCCACUUCCAGCAGCUUGCUGAGAGACUCGAGGAGACAUUGUGCAACACAGAGAAGGAACUAAGGCGAGUGACCACAGAGCGACAGUCUCAAGCGGACGAGAUCAAUCUGAUGAAGGCGGAGCGGUGUCAGCUCGAACAGAGCCUCAAGGCUGUUCACGAGAGGGAGUUAGCCGAGAUCAGCGAACGGCAUGCUCGGGAGAUUCGAGACAAUCACCACACGUAUCCGCAUCGCAGACGACUCGAAUCGGCUUUAUUCGUUCCUAAUAGACUCACGGCGGAGCGGGACAAUGUAGUGAAGGAGUUGUCGACUCAGCUGGAGACCGCUCAGGCGGCAGCAGAAUCAUCAACGAAAGCAGCGACAGAGGCUAAUGAGAAGAUAGUCGUACUUGAGAACUCAUUAGCCAGCUUGACUCGGAAGCUUGAAGCUGCCUCGAAGGAGUUGGAAGAGGACAAGGAGCGGUAUGGAUCUACGAGUGCUGAGGUGAAAAGGCUCGAAAAAGAGAAUUACGCACUAGAAAAACGACUGUCUGAGGCGGAGGUGUCUCUGGCCCUCUCCAAAGAGCAAUUAGUAGCAAAGGAGGAGCUUGCUAAUAAGUCAAGAGAGUUGCUGGAGCAGGCUAACCAACAGAAGUCAUCGUUGGAAGAACAGAUACAAAUGUAUCGGAGUAGUCUCACUCAGCUAGAAGAGAAGCUGAGUGUUAGCUUCAAAGAGACCACAAAGGGCAAUGAAGUGAUCAAGAAGCUGCAGGAUCAGAUCAAAUCAUAUAAGUCUAGAGUGAAGGGUCUAAAACAGGAUAUGCAGACUCACGAGGAGACGAUUCACGAGUUGGACCACCGUCUGCUGGAGGAGCAGAGGUCUCAUGACGACACCAAGCUGGAGCACAAACGAGCUCUUGAUGCGUUGGAUAGAGCUCAGGAGGAGUGUGACUCGACUAGGGCUAAACUGGCGGAGGCGCACAAACUACUAGAGUCGAAUGAACAAGUGAUCUCCUAUCUCAACAAACGUCUUACUGACCGAGAUGUGAAGGACAUCAUCAUCAAGCAAUGGGUAUGGAGAAUCAGCCUCCGUCGUCGUCGUCUUCGUCGUCCUCUACUACCACACCUUCUGCCGCUCUUCACAGUAGACUGGCGGCUGGACCGGUCUGGGGAGCAGUCCGAAGUGAUGGAGUCGCUCACACCAACGUUAUCAUUGGGUGAUGUACAUUUUGACCUCACCAAAGGCUUCCCUAGGAUACCUCACAAGCUCACUUGGAAGGAAAAGCUAGCGAAGAUCUUGGGGGCGUUGGUCACCAGGCCGCCAGUUCAUCUGCUUAUGGUUGUCGGGCAAAUGCUGGCUUGUGCUUUGUCGGGUAUAUAUGCUGCCUCCCAGCUUGUUGCUGCUGGCAGUCCGAGAGUACCAUCACACUUCCAACUCACACAGGACGCUCUCAGCGAUGGCCUCGAGGGCUUUGUCGAAAUCACAUCCUCUGGUCUCAGGUGA